AUGCUAGACGGGCAACCACAUUCCAACUCGGACGGUCCUCCACAGGCCCCGCCGCACAUUCAAACAGAAUGGAACCCUAAUACUAUUCUGACGACCAGGGAAAACAACCAAGACCCAGGAGAAUCUGUUCCAGCCUCGGGUCGGUCGUCAUUUUCUUAUGGCAGAACAUGUUCUACGCCGGCGACCGGUGCAAACACUCCAGAUCCUUUGCUGGGAAACAAGAACCUAUUCGACAAGCAGGCACUCCAUAGAGUGACAAAUACUAUCACCAAUAUCAGCCAGCCCACUGACGAUGACCAUGAACUCCAAAACCUCGGCCAUCGCCUCACCAACCGAAAGCCCUCGGUAUCCCGAGCUCGGGAAGCCGAUGAAUCGGCAUCGCCGGUUCAGAAAAAGCAGGGAAUUCCGCCAGAGUUAUCAAGCUUUUCGGCGGAGAUUGUUUUGAUCAUGGUUUGUUCCGCGGGGUUGAUGCUUUUUUCAUUCCUCUUGGGUGAUAUGCUUGCUCCCCAGCAGCAGUUAAAAGAGGCACUCGGCAUUUCCAACACCCAGCUGCCAUGGGUCGUGGGUGCCUUUAAUUGUGCCAACGGUUUAUCCGUCGUUAUCUCUGGGUCUCUUUCAGACCUUGCCCCGCCGAAACUUCUCAUGGUUGGUGCUUUCGUGUGGCUAGGCGUCUGGAACAUCGUCGGGGCCUUCUCUCUACAUCCAUCUCGUUAUAUUCUCUUCUUUGUGAUGAGGGCUAUGCAAGGGCUCGCGAUCGGUGUCCUCGUCUCAGGAAGCAUGAGUAUACUUGGUCGCGUUUAUAAGCCAGGAAUUCGCAAGAAUCGUGUUUUCUCAGCCAUGGCUGCGACGGCCCCAUUCGGCUUCUCGCUCGGUGCAUUGCAAGGUGGUGGGCUGUACCAACAUCUCCCCUGGAUAUUUGGGACCAACGCCAUCAUCUGCGCAAUUUGUGCCGUUGCCGCAUACUUUUCCAUUCCACCAUUACGGCCCCAGGCAGAUGUCGCGGGCACUGAGGCUCCAUCACUACGACAGUUCGACUAUAUAGGCGGCGCUUGUGCUGCUGGAGGAUGCGUUUGUUUACUUUUCGGCCUUACGCAAGGACCGUCGGUCUCUUCUUCGCUGAACGUGCCGCCAUCCGGCCGCUUAUUCCGAACCGUCUUUUGGAGUACUCCAGGCUUUACACCAUUGAUGAUUGCUUACUUCCUUGGUUUCGGAUCCUUUUUUGGAGCCUGGCAGUUUUACGCCAUCCAAUUCUGGCUACGAAUUCAACAUGCUACUCCUAUUGCUGUGGCGCUCUAUCAUAUCCCCAACGCUUUAGUCGGUGUUCUCGCGACUUGGGUCGUCAGCCGUACACUCCACCUCGUGCCCGGUCAUUACAUCUACGCCUGUUCCAUGUUCGCGUUCACCCUUGGACCGGCCUUCUUCCUCCCGCAAACAGCAACUACAACUUACUGGGCACUAUCUCUCUCCUGCAAUGUCGCUCGCUCAUACCAAGGAAGUGCAGGUAGUCUUCUUGUCACCAAUCAGAACUUGUCAUCAGCGAUCAUGACCAGUAUCGCUGAUGCAAUCGGCACACGGGUCAAUACGGGCUCUGAUGGAGAAAUUGGACUUGAGGGUCUUCGGGCUAUUUGGUGGUUUGCACUAGGAGCUCAGCUAACAGCGGCCUUGGUGACUGUUGUCUGGGUUAGAAUACCAAAGGAGGAAGAAAAAGAGCAUGUUACUUGA